UUAUAAUAUAUAUUUAUAUAUUUGUAGCCACAAAGAACAUGUUGUGCUUUUUAGAUCCGGGGUAUAAGUGCUGCUGGUUUGAUGUAAUUGAACUGUGAAUAAAACUGUCGGCUUUAUUGGACUAAUGUGUGUCUCUCAGGCCGGUGAACUUUAAUGAGAAAACUGAAAGAUCCCCCUUUUCUCCCCCGGGAGCCAAUCAGAUUGUCGCUCAACGUCAGUGCGGCGGAAUGGAGAGAGGAGCUGCAGCGCUGAGAGGAGCUCCACCACACUUUACCAUUACACACACACACACACACUCACACACACACACUCUCAUACGGGGAGAGCGAGAGAGCGAGAGAGAGAGAGAGAGAGAGAGAGAGAGAGACCUCGGGUUACAGGCGCAGGGAGAGUCUAUAGCCACUCACACAAGCUGAAACUUCACUGAACGCAGAAGUCGGAAAAGAGGAAAAGAAGAGGAAAUAUACAGAGAGAGAUAAAAUGAGCAGUCAGUUCGAAGAAGAUGCGCGAGACAGAAACGAGUGUAAAAGCAAAUCUCCGACUGUCCUCUCCUCCUACUGCAUCGAGAGCAUUCUGGGCCGGAGGAGUCCCUGCAAAGUCCGACUGGUGGGCUCGCAAAGUUUAACAGCGCGACCGGAGCAUGAGCAGCCUUCUGAAGUUUCCAGCAAAGAGCUCUCGUUUGACUCGGACAUGCACCUUCCGCCUAAACUGCGCCGGCUCUACGGCCCCGGGGGCAAAUACCUGGACACCAGCAGGGUGUUUCAGGAGCACGGGGAGAAAGGCGAGCUCGGCUGCGAGGGCAUGAAGAUCAGCCAAGCGCCGCAGGUCAGCAUCAGUCGGAGCAAGUCGUACCGGGAGAACGCGCCGUUCAGCGGGCUGGAGGAGGCGCGCAGCAGCCCGGAGCUGGCCGAGCUCGGAGCGCUCAAGUUCGAGGAGGACGCGGUGAAGGAGGAAGAGGAAGAGGAAGAGGAGGAGGAGGCGUGUGGAGCCGAGCAUGGCCUGUCGCCCAAGGACGAGCCGAGUCCGCGCAACGACGCAGACGUGAAGGACGGAGAGGACAGCGUGUGCUUGUCUGCGGGCAGCGACUCGGAGGAAGGCAUGCUGAAGCGGAAGCAGAGGAGAUACAGGACCACGUUCACGAGCUACCAGCUGGAGGAGCUGGAGAGGGCUUUCCAAAAGACACACUACCCAGACGUGUUCACCAGAGAGGAGCUCGCGAUGCGGCUGGACCUCACCGAGGCGCGUGUGCAGGUGUGGUUCCAGAACCGUAGAGCAAAAUGGAGAAAGAGAGAGAAGGCAGGAGUUCAGUCUCAUCCUCCAGGUCUGCCCUUCCCUGGUCCAUUAGCUGCAGCUCACCCCUUGAGUCACUAUCUAGAGGGAGGCCCGUUCCCUCCUCACCCACACCCGGCUCUGGAGUCGGCCUGGACUGCUGCAGCAGCAGCCGCUGCCUUUCCAGGACUCGCGCCACCACAUAAUAGCUCCGCCCUUCCUCCUGCAACACCCCUCGGCUUGGGCACCUUCCUGGGCACCGCCAUGUUCCGCCACCCGGCUUUCAUCGGACCCACUUUUGGCAGACUUUUCUCCAGCAUGGGCCCCCUGACCAGCGCUUCCACGGCCGCUGCUCUCCUGCGCCAAGCCACGCCACCUGUUGAAAGUCCGGUGCAGCCACCCGCAGGACUGUCGGACCCUCCCACCGCCUCGUCCUCUUCCUCCACCUCCACGGCUGCCGACCGCCGAGCCUCAAGCAUCGCCGCGCUACGUCUUAAAGCAAAAGAACACUCGGCUCAGCUCACUCAGCUGAACAUCCUGCCCGCCAGCACUACGGGGAAGGAGGUCUGCUGAAGCUGUCGCUCUGAAAAAAUAAACCCCUUACUGAAAAAAAUAAGAAAAUAAGAAAAUAAUAAUAAUAAUAAUAAUAAUAAUAAAGCAUGACCAAAUCCACAGUGCAACAGCACACUGGCAAGGCAUCCGAGCCCUGGUGGCGUGAUGCACUGUUACAACGCCCAUCUUAUUGGACAUCCUCCAUCAAAGACCCGAACCCCAGUCUGC